GAGAGAGAGAGAGAGAGAGAGAGAGAGAAAGAGAGAGAGAGAGAGAGAGAGAGAGUCAGACUGGGAGGGAUUCUCUGCAUAGACGAUGAUGCACAGGGGUAGCCAGUGGUUGUAAGGGUUUUUUGAACUGUUGAAGGAUCUGGGUGAACUUAAGGUACCAAAGAGAGCCGGAGGACUCUGAAGAGAAGCUUGGAGAUUCACGAAGCAGCUUCAGAAAGAUGAGCACAGAGUCUAAGACUUUCUUUGAGAUCAAACCUCCAGCUGUUCUCAGGCCUCUUUUAACUCAGAUAAGAUGGAAGUAUGACCUCAGACCUUAUGCUCUUUAGCGUAUUUAACAAAUACUGACCGUGUGAUACAUAAGGUGCAAAUUCCACCACAAGAAAGCUCUUUGUAAGCAAAUGAGCUAAAGCAAAUUAGGACAGCAGUCGUGAGGAGAUUCUACUUGAUCAUUUUUAUGGCGUCCAUGGCGGUAAAUCCUCUGGAGGGUCUCAUGUCAGUUGCAGCAAACCACCAGCUGGUCUCCAGUUCCUCAGCUGAACCACAGACGCAGCAGCACGGUUUAGUCAAAACCCCAGCAGACCUGAGAGGACACAAGAAGGGCACACGCAGCAGCUGUGAGCAGAGAAAGUGGGUGCACUCUAUGUGCGGGUCCAGAUCAAACUUUGGGUCUGGUUGUAGGUCCCCGAUCCAGUCCAGGACACUCAGGAGUCAGCACUCACCAGAGAAUGCAGCGCGGGAAAGGAGCCGCAUACGGAACCUGCGACAGGCCUUUCACAGCCUGCAGGCUGCUCUUCCAUCAGUCCCUCCAGACACCAAGCUGUCCAAACUCGAUGUUCUGGUUCUGGCUACCAACUACAUAGCUUACCUAACAGAGACCCUGGACCAGGGAGGGACCCUGACUGAUCAUUCCCUGUCGGCCAGGUCAGGUGGAUACCUGCAUCCAGUUAAAAAGUGGCCCAUGCGUUCCCUGCUCUACUGUGGCAGCGUGGGAAACCUGCUGACGAAUGUCCCAGCCAAUCAGAUGCCACCACCGCCUGGACAGAAGGGGACACACCCACAGACCUCCACCUUAGAGGAAACCAAAGAGUGAUGGUAGACCAAGAGACGUAACCUCCACUCUGAUGUGAAUCGUUCUGCCACAUUACGAUGAAGAGGGAAGUGUUGGAAACAGAAACAGUCCCUGAAUUCAUUGUUCUCAAUAACCAGCCCUUCACCGAGGUGGAAGAUACAAGCUUCAACUGGAGCCUCACUAAGACCAACCGGCCUUAAAUCUCAGAUGUAGCCUCACCUGAACUGCAAAGCUUCGUCUUCAGUUUCGAAGAUAAGCUCCUCACUAAUGCUUCUCAUAUUUGCUUCACCAUAGACAACUGGACAUGGAGUGUUAACACGUCGAGCCUCACUGCCCAACAUUUAUCCUUUAUGGUAGAUUGAAACGUUUCUUUUGUUUGGUGUCUGUUUCUAAAACCAAUGAGAGUAUUCAGGUCAAUUCUCUGAGAGACUUUUUGUGCUCUUUAAAAUGAAAGAAAGGUGUGUCUUUUUCAGUACUGGUCAAAAUGAGUUCAAAAAUAUUGGAUAUUGUCAAAAAUCCAAUUUCGUCCAUCCCUGUAGUAAAGAUGUGUCUCUUACCAAAGCGUGCGAUUGUUGUUAAAGUAAAUGAAAGAACACAGACCUUCUUGUUAAUCCUACUUUUCUUUGUUCAUCUUCCAUCAGGAUGCAGAGUGAUGACGUCAUGUGUUGAUUUGUAGGAACAUCAAAUUAUGAACGGCAAUCGCCCCUCCUUGUGGUCUCAUGUCCAAAAGAAACCACUAAAGUGCCCUCUUGGAUUCCACUGUAGUAGAUCAAACAUUAAAGAAGGCCUUCUCUGGUGCCCUCUCAGUAUGAAGGUAGAUAUGUUGCAAAAUGCACAAGCUUGUAGACUUGAUUUGAGAACCUGCAGAAUACGAUUUGAGAACUUGUGGAUCAAAAAUGUGAACUUGUAUGUUUCAUUUUUCACCAAGCGGCAACCUCCGGUCUAAAAAUAUGAGUCAAUGCGGAAGUGUUAAAAGCUGCAGUUCAUCGAGGAUCCACUUGAGGCUGGCUCCGGAAGUACCGGAAGUCACAUACACAUGAAUGGGAAAAAGACGAUCUUUGCAGCAUUAAUAAACAUGUUUACAGCCUGGUACAAAAGAUGAGUGUAGUCUGAAUAGCUAAUUUCUCGAUGUCCUCUCACUGUGAGGGGGGUGAAUUUUUUUCUAAUUUGGUAAUUUCGAAGAUAUUGAGAUUACUAGUCUUCCAAUGAGAGGCACAGCUGCCUGCAGGAACACUGCAGCUGUUGGCUAGGAGGCUCAAAGCCCGCCUCUUUACGUCACACUGGCUCGACAGAAGCAAUAUGGCUGCCGCUGCCGAUUGGUCUCAAAACAGCUCUUCAGAAACAGAUGGGUGAUGUCACGGAUCCUACGUCCAUAUUUUUUACAGUCUAUGUUUUUCACUUGUAAAAAAAUUCACACACACGUGAAUUGAAUUUGAAGUUAUAGAAAAAAAAAAUACAUGGUAGCUUGUGGAAAAAAUGUGAACUUGUAUUUUGAAAAUUUUCACUUUUUAAAAAUAUUCAUAUAGUCACAAAAAAACAUUCACACGUGUAGAUUGAUAUUUACAACCACUCGGUGAUUACAACCUCUCAAAUCGGUUCCUGUAACUUCACAAAUGAGCUUUCUCACAUUGCAAAGUAACGAAAGGUUCAUUCGUGAAGUCACAGGGACCGAUUUGAGAGGUUGCAAUCACCGAGUUGUGGUUGUUAAUAUAAAUCUAGCGAAAAUUUUCAGAAUACAAGUUCACAUUUUUUUCACAAGCUACCAUGUAUUUUUUUUUUUCUGUAACUUCCAAUUCAGUUCACAUAUGUGUGAAUAUUUUUUACAAGUGAAAAAGGAAACAUACAAGUUCUCUGCAGGUUCUCAAAUCAAGUCUACAAGCAUGUGCAUUUUGCAACAUAUCUACCUUCAUAUCUCAGUGGUAAACCAAUGACAAAGUGCCCUCUGGAUGCCCCUUUAAUGUAUAGAACAUACAAAAAGCCCUUUGGCUGCUCUUCCAGGGAAUUCAAUGUGAAACAAAAAGUGCACUCUGUAUGCCCUUAUAGUGAAUUAUAGUAUGUUAUGUUAAUUUUGUAAUGUAAUCAAUAGUACAGAAAUAAAUCAACAGUAUUGUGUUUUUCCUGCAGAAAUGAUCACAUAAACAUUCACCAGAAUGCAGGAAUUCAGUUUUAUGGCCCUGUCACACCUUAAUGAUUUAGCCAGCGUAUAAAAAAAUUGGCGAGUACGAUGGCGUACGUCGCAUAGGUUAUAGGUACGUUUUACAUAAGUUAAGAGCAUGCUGGUAUACGACGUAGUACAGCGAGUCAGUCGAAACAUGUUGUGCAUGAAGAAAUGCAGCGUAUGGAUCAUACGCCGGCCAUGAGUUGUAGGUAAGUUAUGCGAUCGUUGACACACGCAGACACACGUAGAGCUGCGUGUGUGUGAGAGUGAGAAGCCUUGGAGCCCUCAUCAGUGUCAAAUAGCAGAUUUUAAUUAUUUUCAACAUUGUAGAUUAAUCCUGAAGACAUCAAAACUAUGAAAUAAUCUGGUUAUACCAUAAUCUGGAUUACAACAGUAGUCAAAUAGGGCUAUCCAUUGUGUACUAACCCUACCUCUGAACAACACAACUGAUGGUCUCAAACACAUUAAGAAGGCAAGUCAUUCUACAAAUGAACUCUUGACAAGGCUCAUGUUCAUUAGAAACCAUUCCAGGAGACCACUUCAUGAAGCGGACUGAGAGAAUACCAAGAGUGUGCAAAGCUGUCAUGAAGGAAAAAGGGGGCUACUUUACAGAAUCUAAAAUAUAAAACAGAUUCUGCUUUGUUAACACUUUUUGGUUCAUUCAAUAAUUCCAUAUAUGUUCUUUCAUAGUUUGGAUGUCUUCAGUAUUAAUCUACAGUGUUUACAAUCAUUACAAUAAAUACAAACCCUUGAGUGAGAAGGUGUUUCCAAACUUUUGACUGGUAGAACGUCUGUUUGAUGAUCCUGCUCCAGUAUGAGACAUGAGGACUAAUCAUUAUGUCAAAUCUCCAAACAGAGACACUUUAAGCAGAGAGCCAAAUAUUGAUUUGGGUUUUUGCACAGAAUAUUUGACCUGAAAACAGACAUUAAAAUGUAAAGUGUAAAGAAAUAUUGAAUCCUAUCACUGAUAAUCAAAUUUCUCCAUGUCGUCAUGGUGAGGCAUCACUAAAAGACUGAUACUAUUUUAAAAUCUAUUAAAAACUCCUCACAGGGCCGUCAAGAGAAGUGGAAACUAAAGCAGGAUUAUUUAUUUACCUCCAAACACAACACCAAAAGAAACAGAAAAAGAGGUUGAACAUUCAACGCCUCAGUUGAAUAUAUUUUAAUACUUUUCUCAUGUUUUUUGGUGAAAGUAAUAAUAAGUGACCAAGCUUAAUUCAACCACCAGCUAAAGGUAAAAUCAGCUCCCCUUAUCCAUCUGUAGGAAUACUCAGUGCAUUAAAAGCCAAGAUACCUGUGGCCUUUUUAAAGUCACAGAAAACUGUGAGUCAAGAAUCUCUGCAGCUUCUUGUAUUGACAGUGUAAACACAGAGAGAUUAAAUCUCACACUGGUUUGAAGUACUCGUUUGUAAACUGAGCGUGAAACGUGAGGUUUUCAGGAACUGCUUUAAAACAAGGAAGUAAAAAGGCUUCACAUAACUAAUGAUACGAAUCAACCCUUCGGAGAGCAGCAUGCAGCUUUUUAUCUUGAUUUCAAACUCUCUGCAGUGUGUGAGUGCUGUUUGUAGAAUGUUUCCUUCACCUUUGUGCUCUGUUGAAAUAAUAAAACAUAUCAGGGUCUGCA